AUGUCGAAGAAAAAAGGAUCAAAACUCUUGGGUUUGGAUGAUGAGCGCUUUGCGCAUCUUCGGUCUGAUCCAAAGUUCUCUGGCCUGAGCAACAAAGAAAAAAAGGUAACCAUAGGAAGGCGGUUCGCAGCCGUCAUAACGGAUCCACGCUUUUCAUCCAAAGCACGCGUGGAUAAAUAUGGACGACCUGUCGAAAGGACCUCUGAUGUUUUGGAUCUGUAUGAGUUGGAGGAUAGUGGCGAAGGUGACGAUGAUGCAAAGGAGUUACCUGAAAAGCACGAGAAGAAAAAUGAAAUAGGACGCAGAAAGGUAGAUGAUAUGAAACAGGACUCUGCUAGUAGUGUCGAGAAUGAAGAAGAUGAAGAAGACGUGCCUGUCAAGCUUGAUCUGGCUCGUGGUGAAGGAAAUGUCGAUUCUUCCUCUUCUGAUGAUGAUUCAGAUUCUGAAUCAGAGUGGAAUACAAACGAAAAUCUGGAAAUGGAAAUUGAUCUGGCGCAUCUAGACGAAGAUGCAGAGCAAGUAGAAUGGGCUACAAGUCGAAUAGCUGCUUGCAAUAUGGACUGGAAUGUAGUACACUGCGAGGAUCUUAUGAUGCUUGGAAAAUCGUUCAUUCCUCCUGGUGGUUCCAUAAAACGAAUCACGAUCUAUCUAUCUGACUUUGGUAAGGAGCGAUUAGCUGAGGAAGACAAACACGGUCCCCGGCUACAGCUUAGUAAACCUUUGGAAGAGUAUGAAGGGGAUAAAAUCGACGAAGAAACGAGAUUGGCAAUGCGAAAAUACCAAGUCGAUCAGCUACGUUAUUACUAUGCGAUCAUCGAGUGUGAUUGUAUGGAAACAGCCGUUUCCAUCUAUGAUCAGUGUGAUGGUUACCAGUUUGAAGCCAGUGACAUCAAAAUGGAUCUUCGAUUUGUACCAGAUGGCAUGGAGUUUGAUAAGGAUCGAGUAAAGGAGACCUUGACUGAGGAAGAUCUCAAUGUGGCGAAGUAUAAGUCAAAAGAGAAGUUGAAAUCGGCUGUCGCACAAACAAGCGCUCGAAUAGGCUGGGACGAGACCGAGGAGCUGCGGCAAAAGAAGUUUGAGGAAGCGUUUAACAGUGACGACGAGAAUGCGGGAGUUGAUCUCAUUGCCGAUUCCGAUUCAGAUAAUGAAGAACAUGAGAAAAACCGGCAAGCAUUGUUGUCACUUCUAGGUAACAAAGAAGAAGUGAAUGAUGUACAGGUGGAUUGGGACGAUAAGGAUGAGGAUGGCGAAGAUGAUGUAGAUGAGCCCAAUGAACAAGAGGAGGAAAGCGAUGAAAACGUCCCUGAUGGUUUUCAUAAGACUAGCACUGUAGAUGACGAGGAAGGAACAGAUCUGAAGAAAAUAGAGCCUAAGAAGAAACAGAAAAACACCUACCAAGCCUAUUUGGAAAGGCGAAAGCAGAAGAAGGCGGAAAGGAAGCAGAAGAUCUUAGAACUUAAGGAAAAGGAGCGAAAUGCGUUGAAAGCUGUAGAAGAACAGGCCAAAGCUAAGCAAAAGGAACAUCGAAACCUGCGUAAAGCAGCCAAACAAAAGGAAGAAGGCGGUUUGACCGAAGCAGUCGUCCAUGAUGACCGAUUCAAAGCAUUGUUCACCGAUAGCGCAUAUGCAAUUGAUCAAAGUUCUAAGAACUAUAAGGGUACCAAACUCGUCGAAAAACAAGUAAGCCUCAAGAGACAGGCCCGAGAUAUGAGCCAAAACAAGAAUACCUCAACCGAAGACGACCUCAUAUCCAAACUCAAGAAUAAGUCCACGAAGUGGAAGCGACCAAAGCACUCAACAACAAGUUGAUUUCCUAACCUCAGCUAAUAUACAGUCAAUUCAAUUGUUAAUAAUUUUGUUAUCUGUUUACUCCAAUCGUUGAAGCCUGUUAUUGUUGAGAUGUGCAUAUGAAGGUUUAUUCUUGAAAGACGUUUUUUUUUAGCAAAGAACAUAUCGUUAAGCAAGGUUAAGAUGCUAAUCCUCAAAAUGUUCUGGUUUCUCCAAUUGGGAGCAUAAACAUUG